UCGUUAAAGGUACAGAGUCCCCUCCAGAAAAAUAAAUAGACACAACCUUAUACCUCAGUAUAAUCAAACAUUUAAAAGAUAUAGUCAAGUAAUGGUCGACUUUAUUAUAAACAUCUUAGAAUUUGAUGUUGCAUGUACUUUUUUUAAUAUCCUCGUUUGACUGUAUACGCGUGCAGGCACGCAGGAUGUCUCUCGUGGUCACGUGUGUAUGGCCAGCGGAAGACGAGCGGUCGUGUGCGAUUUUUAAAGACGGGCCUUGUGCAUCAUUUCAAUUUAAACGCUGUAUAGCCAUGAAUGUAUCUGACUACGAUUCUGAAAAUUAUUCUUCCGAUGAAGACGAAGACUACGUUCCUUCAGGAGAAGAUGACAGUGAAGAUGAUGGCAAAGACUUGGUACCAGAGGAUGAGAUUGAUGGAGAUGACCAAGGGAUCCCACAAGAUGAUGAUGAUGGUAAAGUGACCUCAAACAAGAACAAAAGUACAAGAAAGAGAAAAAAGAAAAGGUUUGGGAUUACUCUGAACAAGGCAGAAGAAGAGCAUAAUAGGGAGGAAGUUACUGACCCAAAGAAAAGUGAACACAACAUUAAGGAAGAAACAGAAAAUGAGAAAAGUAGAGCAGAUAGUCUCUGGGCUAGCUUUCUAAGCGAUGUUCCAAGACCCAAGCCCACAAACACAACAGUACCUCAUACACUGAUGGCAGAUCAGAUAAUUCCUGACCAGCAUCAUGAAGGUAAUAAAACAAAGGAAGUUUUUGAGCCAUCAAAAGAGCCAUCAAAAAUCACCAUCACAAAAGUGUUUGAUUUUGCUGGAGAAGAGGUUCGGGUGAGUAAAGAAGUAGACUCCUAUUCUAAAGAGGCAAAGUCAUUCAUGAAGAAGGUUGAAGAAGAUUCUGGAAAGCAACCAAGCACUGAAGGGACAGAUGUGUCAAGCUAUUCUGGAGCCUGCAGCUCUGGACUGAAGAGGACCACAGGUUUGGGAGGUAUCCUUAACCGGAUUGGUGGGAAAAAACAGAAACUGAGUACCUUGGAGAAAUCCAAACUAGACUGGGAGAGUUUUAAGAAUGAGGAGGGAAUCGGAGAAGAGCUUGCCACACACAACCGUGGCAAGGAUGGAUAUAUGGAGAGAAAGGCUUUUCUGGAGCGAGUUGAUCAGCGUCAGUUUGAGAUUGAGAAAUCCAUACGUCUGAGCAAUAUGAAGCGGUGACAGUAACCAGCCCCAGUACUCAGAACCUAAUGAUCCACUUCACCCAUCCUGCCUCUACUUGAUGUCAGAGCACUCUUGUUGUAUGGACUGUAAUUUACGAGUAAUUGUUUGGCCAGGGGGGCUGGUGUCCUUAUGCUUUAAUGCCAUCAAACCCAAGCCUGCUUAGUGAUCCCUUUUUGCUCUCUUUUUUCAUUUAAAGAGUAGGAAUGGGGUAAGGAACUACAAAAUUACUGAAGCCAACUUCUAGUAAGAAGCAGAACUUGUGAUUACACGUUUAAAGCCACAGUCUCAGUGGAACAUCACAUCAUUUCCAGUGGAUAUAAUUUGACUUGAAUAUAGGGAAAGAACUGAUGACUUGUUUCUGAAUUCAAACCUUUUUCUUGGUAAACCUUGGUAUUUUCUUUUACAAUUUGAGUCCAUAGUAUAGUUGUAAUGGUGAUAUGUUUGCAAAUGUUAAUAGAAAGAAUAAAAA